AUGGGUUUAGUAUCAUCAACAUAUAAACAUAAAAAACGAGGUAAAAUUAUAACUGUUAUUCAUGAUAAUUAUGCUCAGACAUCAAAUAUAUUGCCGAAUAUGUUAAAUGGUUCUUCAUAUUGUCAUAAUCAUCAUCAUAUGCAAAGACAUUCAAUUUCUCCACUUCAUUCUACAGGCUUUGAUAAAUUUUCUAGUAGAAAAAAUAAUAUUGCUUCUUAUCAUUCUAAUCCGUAUGAAGCUGAAGCUUUUAAUCGUAUUACUAUUCGAACUGAUCCUCUUCGAAGAGCAUCCGUAUCGAACAUUGUUCAUAAUACAUCUAAUCAUGAACAUCGAAUGUUAACACGUGUUCAAUCAUCAUGGACAAUAAACAAGAGUGAACAGUUAUAUGAGCAUAAUAUAGCUGAUGAAUUAUAUCCGGCGGAAUGUUCCACAUCUAAACCGAUCGAUAUGUUUUUAAUUGAUAUUUCAAAUGACAAAGUUCGUGUAGGUGAACCAAUUUCAAUGAAUAUACGUCAUCUAAUUUUCAAUACACCUGAAGAUAUUCAUACAGAAUCUGUAACUCCAGUUUAUACCAAAAUAUCACCAAAAACUACUCAUAUACAUGAAAAUCUUCUUAAUUAUAUUCCAGAUGUUUGUGAAAGAUAUCCAAAUUUGACUGUCGAUUCCAAUCAACCUACACGUAAUACACUUCAUGCUUAUUUACCGUUAUAA